AUGCGCGCGAACGUGGUGCGAAGCUCAUUGCGCUUACGUAAAAGAGAGCACGCGAUUGACACGGACUGUAUCCCCGAGGCCAUACGCAGGCAAAGAAAAGAAGCACCCAUUUGCGGCUUAACGUGUUCUUGCUGUUACCAUACAAUAUUGGGAUCCACAAAAAGGAGAAGAGCUUGCAGUAAUUCAGUGAUGAGCAGGCGAGACGUGUUGUCCAUGGUGGAAAGCAAGGAUGCUGAAGGUGUUUCCAAAGAGGAAGAGGAGUCAAAAGGACAAAAUAGCAAGAAGAACAACAAAGAAAUUCUUCUCGAUGCAGACUUGCAUAAAGAGUCGCCUCAGAAUGUCGACGAAAGUUACCUUGUCAAGAGACGUAAGAGCGGUGAAGAAGUUCACAUUGCAGCUAAGGCUCCUCGCCAAAGGUCUUGCCUAUCCUCAGCGGAGUCAUGCACCGAUUGCGAUGGGAACGAUGCGUUGGAAUCUGAUCAGCUAUAUGCGAUAAAGGGCUCCGAGAUGCAAACUCUGUGGAGCAUGAGAUCAUCCGCGCCAGCUGCAAGUGGACAACGCAAUCAAGAUCUUCGGAUCACCAGGAGCAUGGCUGCAAAGUUGACUACGCUGAAAGAGCUGGACGAGGUCACCGAUUCAGAUGCGGGCUUUCCGCCUUCAAAUGAAAAUGCAUCCACCAUGGGGGACGAUGAAGCCGAGUCAGUCUGUUUUGAGGAGAAUACUAGGAAAGCAAGGGUGCUGCGACCUAUACGUCGGAGGAGGAGAAAGCUGAUUACGAUGAGAAAGGCUAGAAGAAAGCCACUCGGCACCAUCUUUGGAAGCCCUCGGCAGAAGAUUGAGAUUGACGAAUGGGUUGAAGAAGGGAAAGGAAUGUACACCAGAGAUGCAGUCAUCUUGUUUGACAGGGUACAAUCCGAAGUGGAGAAGUCAAGGAUACAGAAACUCUCGCCGAACGGCAGUAUUGAAGUGGUGAAUUUGGGAGGCAAAUAUGAGAUCAAGACAUCUUACUGCGGUAACUAUCCUGCCGAAUAUUCUGCUCUGAGAGCCCUUUAUGUAUGUGACGGUUGCUUCUCCUACUUCGCUCAACAGCAGACUCUUUUCCGUCAUAUGAUUAAAUGUUUAUAUCGUUAUGCUCCUCCAGGAAAUGAGAUUUACCGCGAUGAAGAGCGUAAUGUUUCAGUUUUUGAGGUGCACGGAAAAAGCGAUGCUAUGUAUUGCUCAAAUCUAUGCCGGUUGACUAUGCUUUGGCUGGAGAACAAGGUUAUCUUCAUGGAUGUUGAGCCCUUCAAUUUCUAUAUUCUCACUAUGUUCCUCGAUGGUGGAUUUCGUGCCCUUGGUUAUUUUAGCAAGCAGUGCUCUUAUCUUAAGCACAAUUUGUCAUGCUUCUGUAUAUUUCCUUGCUAUCAAGGCAAAGGUUACGGUACUUUUUUAAUCGAUCUCAAACGUCCAUUCUCGGCCAAAGGUCUUAUUGUUUACAAGAAGUAUUGGUGCAGCACUCUGAUACAAUACUUGUAUUUGAAGGCGCUAGAUAUUGGAUGGGAAAAUCUUCAGCUGACCCUUGCAGAAGUAGCCAAAGAUACUGGGAUCGAGAUAAGUGACAUAAUUGAAUCGUUGACUGGUUUAUGCGACUUUGAGUGGACCAGGAACUAUAGAUCGCUCAUAAUAAAGAUUACUGAGCAGAGCAUCAUGGAUAUUGGGAGGCAUAUAGUCGAAAGAAAUGCUAAAAAGCUUUCUGCGAAUGUGCAAAACCUAACUCCAUUGUUUGAGCAAAGUGGUACAUCGCUUUGGCCUUGGUAAACCACACUUGCAAGAUUUCGUUAUUUGGAAACUGGACAAUGUCAAGCAGAUCUAUCGGGAAUUAUGUCGAAUUCUAUCAAAAUAUGUUCAUUCACAUUAUCCUUUAGCUGUAAGAUGUGCUGCCUACAGCUUUCAAUAAUUAGCAGAUGUACAUUUUUAGCAUUCUUAUGUGUUUUCACAUCUGUUUUUCCUCUUUGCUUUUCUCAAAUAUAUCAUCUCUAAGAUGAAUAGUAUUGUGCUUUCUUAUGUGUCACUAUUUCUCCAAUCAAAUCUGUUUUUUUU